AGAUUUGAACCGGAUGAAGGAUUUUAGUCAUCGGACGUCUGGAUCUUAAGUUAUCAGAGAAACAAGCUGAGCUAACGUUAGCAGCAGCUCGGCUCGCAGCCCCUCCGGGACGUCCUUUGUCUGUCCAACAGCGUGGGAGAAGCAGUGAUUGUUAAGGUGGAACUGCUUUAUUCAGUGAUUGUUAAGGUGGAACUGCUUUAUUCAGUGUGUUUAGUGGUUUUAAUCAGCGGGUCUGUUUGUGUUGGAGAGGAGGAGACCUCUGUGGAUCAUUGGGCUCCCGGUAGAAACCUCCUGAACCAUGAACACUGAAGGAAUCCUAACCGGGAGAAGCUGACUGCAAUGACGCCAAUGGUGGUGAAGACAACAACUCCCAUGAUCCCACGCUGCUUCACCACCUCAUCACACUUUAUAUUUUCUUACUGUUCUGAUGUGAGAGGCCCCCUAGUGGCAGAUAGUACACACUGUACCUUUAAUGUGACACAUUGAGUUCACACUGACGUUGGUUAAAGUCAGGAUGUUUAUUGAGGCACAGCACUGAUGUGUCUGACGGUCCGUGAAGGCAGCAGCAGCACACUGACGUGGAUGUUUGAGUCACAGGAAACGGUGCUGAAGGAGGGGAAUCUGAUGAAACAGACCAACUCGUUCCAGCGCUGGAAGAGACGAUACUUCAAACUGAGAGGGAGGACUCUGUACUACGCUCAGACCGCCAAGUCCAUAAUCUUUGAUGAAGUUGAUCUGACUGACGCCAGCGUGGCUGAGUCCAGCACCAAGAACAUCAACAACAGCUUCACUGUGAUCACCCCCUGCAGACGUCUGGUUCUGUGUGCAGACAACAGGAAGGAGAUGGAGGAGUGGAUGGCAGCUCUACGCAGCGUCCAGAACAGACAGAACUAUGAGUCUACCCAGUACAGCAUGGACCACUUCAGUGGGAUGCACAACUGGUACGCCUGCUCCCACGCCAGACCGACGUACUGCAACGUCUGCAGGGAGGCGCUGUCAGGAGUCACAUCACACGGCCUGUCCUGUGAAGUGUGUAAGUUUAAGGCUCAUAAGCGCUGUGCAGUCAGAGCCACCAACAACUGUAAAUGGACCACACUGGCUUCUAUCGGGAAGGACAUCAUCGAGGACGAGGACGGGGUGUCGAUGCCUCACCAGUGGCUGGAGGGGAACCUGCCUGUGUCGGCCAAGUGUAACGUCUGUGAUAAGACGUGUGGCAGCGUCCUCCGCCUGCAGGACUGGAGGUGUCUCUGGUGUAAAGCCAUGGUGCACUCGGGCUGUAAGGACCAGCUGUCCUCUAAGUGUCCUCUGGGUCAGUGCAAAGUGUCCGUCAUCCCUCCGACCGCUCUCAACAGCAUCGACUCUGACGGUUUCUGGAAGGCGUCCUGUCCUCCGUCCUGCACCAGUCCUCUGCUGGUCUUCGUCAACUCGAAGAGCGGAGACAACCAGGGCGUCAAGUUCCUGCGACGCUUCAAACAGCUGCUGAACCCGGCGCAGGUGUUCGACCUGAUGAACGGAGGGCCACACCUGGGUCUGCGUCUGUUCCAGAAGUUUGAUACCUUCAGGAUCCUGGUGUGUGGAGGAGACGGCAGCGUCGGCUGGGUUCUGUCUGAGAUCGAUGCUCUGACGCUGCACAAACAGUGUCAGCUGGGAGUUCUUCCUCUGGGGACGGGGAACGAUCUGGCUCGGGUUCUGGGGUGGGGUUCUGCCUGUGACGACGACACUCAGCUGCCUCAGAUACUGGAGAAACUGGAGAGAGCCAGCACCAAGAUGUUAGACAGAUGGAGCAUCAUGGUCUAUGAGACCAAGUUUCCACGGCAACACUCCGCGUCCACUGUCACCGAGGACUGCAGCGACGACUCUGAGGUUCAGCAGAUUCUGACCUAUGAGGACUCGGUGGCUGCUCACCUGUCCAAGAUCCUGACCUCAGACCAGCACUCUGUCGUCAUCUCGUCCGCCAAGGUCUUGUGUGAGACGGUGAAGGACUUUGUGGCCCGGGUCGGUAAAGCCUAUGAGAAGAACACGGAGAGUUCGGAGGAGUCAGAGGCCAUGGCCAAGAAGUGUGGUGUGUUGAAGGAGAAACUGGACUCUCUGCUGAAGACUCUGAAUGAGGAGUCUCAGGCCUCCACUGUGCCCCCGCCGGCUCCUCCCCCCACCAUCGCGGAGGAGCAGGAGGAGAACGAGGGAGUCGUUCUGCCUCCUCCUCUUCAUCAUCCUCCUCCUCCUCCUCCUCCUCACACCCCCUGCUCCCCGCGGACCAACGCCUCCUCCUCUGCAGCAGCCGCCAUCUUUAAACCUCGAGAGCAGCUCAUGCUGCGAGCCAACAGCCUGAAGAAAGCCAUCAGACAGAUCAUCGAACACACUGAGAAAGCGGUGGAUGAGCAGAAUGCUCAGACUCAGCAGCAGCUGUUCUCUCUGAGUCGGGCUGAGGAAGUGGAGGGUCUGGUGGAGGAGGAAGAGGAGGAGGAUGUGGAGGAGGAUAAAAUGUCUCUCCAGUCGUCGUACAGCGCCAGACACCGCAACGCUCGCAGAGUCAGUAAGACGCCCUGUGAGAAGCUCAUCAGUAAAGGCAGCCUGUCGCUGGGCAGCUCUGCAUCACUUCCUGUUCAGACAGGAAGUAGGGAGAACAUGCCCAUGCUCAACACGAAGAUCCUCUAUCCAGGUCUCAGAGGAAUCUCAGGUUCUCUCUCCAGCAGCUCUGUGAUCAGUCGGCUGCUGGUCAACGCCGACCCGUUCAGCUGUGACCCUGACAACAUGGACUGUUACACUGAGAAAUGUGUGAUGAACAACUACUUUGGAAUUGGACUGGACGCUAAAAUCUCUCUGGACUUCAACAACAAGAGAGACGAACAUCCAGAGAAGUGCAGGAGUCGCACUAAGAACUUGAUGUGGUACGGUGUCCUGGGAACCAAAGAGCUUCUGCACAGAACCUACAAGAACCUGGAGCAGAGGGUUCUACUGGAGUGUGACGGGCGGCCGAUCCCUCUGCCCAGUCUGCAAGGCAUCGCUGUGCUCAACAUCCCCAGCUACGCAGGAGGAACCAACUUCUGGGGAGGAACCAAAGAGGACGACACGUUCACGGCUCCGUCCUUUGACGAUAAGAUCCUGGAGGUGGUGGCGGUGUUCGGCAGCAUGCAGAUGGCCGUGUCCCGAGUCAUCAACCUGCAGCACCACCGCAUCGCACAGUGUCGGACAGUGAAGAUCACCAUCCUGGGGGACGAGGGGGUCCCAGUGCAGGUGGACGGGGAGGCCUGGGUCCAACCUCCAGGUUACAUCAAGAUCAUCCACAAGAACCGAACCCAGACCCUCACCAGGGACCGAGCGUUUGAGAGCACUCUGAAAUCGUGGGAGGACAAACAGAAGUGUGAGUUUCCUCGGACCCCCCCACCUCAGGUCCCGCAGGCCCCCCUAUCCUCGCAGCCAGAGAUUGUCUCUGAGGAAGAGGCGUCACUCAUCAGCGAGUUGGGUCAGGCAGCAGGAGCUCUCAUACACAGUAUUCGUGAAGUCGCUCAGUCUCACCACAGUCUGGAACAGGAACUGGCCCACGCUGUCAACGCCAGCUCAAAGGCUAUGGACGUGGUCUACGCCAACUCCAAGAGCUCAGGGGCCUUGAGCUGCAGUGUUGUCCUUCAGAUGGUCGUUAAUGUCAAAGCGUUACUCAGUGAGACAGAGCUCCUGCUGGCUGGAAAGAUGUCCAUGCAGCUAGAUCCUCCUCAGCAGGAGCAGCUGAAUGCAGCUCUGAGUUCUGUGGCUCAGCAGCUCCGUCGGCUGGCCGAUGUGUCCUGGUUGUGUCCCGUCAUCGACCCCUCAGACCACGAGGGUCCUCUCACAGAUUUCUCAAAGCGAAGUCGGAGCGCGAAAUUCCGUCUUGUCCCGAAGUUCAAGAAAGACAAAAACAACAAGAAUAAAGAGACCUGUGCUACUCUCUCUCUGCCAGUUCACCAGUGGGGGACGGAGGAGGUGGGGGCAUGGCUGGACUUUCUCUGUCUCACUGAAUAUAAGGACAUCUUUAUCGGACACGAUGUCCGCGGAGCUGAGCUCAUCCACCUGGAGAGGAGGGACCUGAAGGACCUGGGGGUGACCAAGGUGGGUCACAUGAAGAGGAUCCUUCAGGGCAUCAGAGAGCUGAACAGGAACAGCAGCGCCAGCGAGGCCUGACUGCAGCCAGCUGUCUGCUCUCCUCUUUCCUCUGCUACCAUCAACCGCCUCAACUACCUGACUUCUGACCUCUGACCUUUGACCCUGAACCAGCAGGUCCAGGACCAGGACUCACCCUCCUCAAGGUGACACACAGACCGCCUGAAGAACCAAUCAGAGGAUCCAUUAGUGCCUUGUCCUCUCACCCACCGACCAAUCAGAGGCAACCAUAAGGGCUGCACCAGAGCCAUGCACACAGCGAGCUGAGGCGGUCUGAAGCCAGACUGCGGAGACCACCAAAGGCCAUCAUGUGAUCUACCUGCCACUAACCCGGCUCACCUGAGCAGCCAACCAAUCCCUGAUCGGUUGGACCAGGAUGCAGCAGAACCCUUUAAACCUUCAGACUCCAUAAACCUUUUUAGAACCGUUUUAUGAACCUGAGGGGGGACCGGUGAGUCCAGAUCAGACUGAUACAGUUUUGUACUGAGAUAAUAUUUAUUAGAGUCCAGCAAACGUCACUGACGAGGGGACGCUGGGAGAGACCAGAUCCUGGUCUGACGAAGACUCUGACAGUCGGAUCAGUGGAUGAAGACGAGCUGCGUUUCCUGUCUGAUGUUCUGUUUGUGCCGUCCAUCCUUCCGUCAGCCGAGGGUCCAGUUCUGUUUCAGGGACCAAACUGAACACAUUGAUUAGUGACCUUUGUGUUCAUAUAUCACACCUGGAGCCUUAAAUGAACCUUCAGUGACCGCUGAUCAAUCAAUCAAUCAAUCAAUCAAUCAAUCAAUCAAUCAAUCAGUUUAUAAAAGAACCUGCUUCUGUUUCAUAUCAUCCCUCAUUUCAUCUGUCUUUACAUUUAAGUAAUAGACCAAAUGAUUAAUAAUGUAAAGCUUCUAUAAGUAACUGACAGCGCCACCAGUGGCCGUUCACUGACCUGCAGUCAGCUAACCGUUAGCUUUGUACCGCUACAACAUUUAUUGUUGGCUAACACAUAAGUUAGCAUCAAGGAUUAUAUUAGCUUCCCAGCUUACAUUAGCCAGCUAACAUACCCACUCAGAUAGCAUUCUGCUAGCGAUAAUGUUAGCAAGCAAGUAAGCUAACGUUAGCCAGCUAAAAGCACAAUAUGACAAUCUAUCCUCCCUUCAUCAGCACACACUGUCUAAAGAUUGAUCUGUGAUUGAUUAUUGAUCAGCUGAGAUGAAGUGAAACAGGAAGUUGUACUUUACUGUUUACAUGAUUUAGUUUCAGAAGCUAACAGACACAAACUUUAUCAGAGGAUGCCUUAAAGUGUCUGUCAGCUUCUUCACUGUCAAUAAAUAUUGUUAUUGAUUAUUGAUCUGUAAUCGGACAAAGCCUCUCAAUGACUCCGUGUUAAUAUGAUGUAACAGAAAGACGCUCGCUGUAAUAAAGCCUGUUGUGUUCGCUGCC